AUGCGCGCACACCUACCCCCCUCAUCGAGCGCGUCCACUGCAGACGCGCCCCGCCCACCACUCUUGUUCCACGUUUCCUGUUUCACCUGCUUCAUCUGUCUGCAACCCCUGGUCGUUGGCGAUCCAUACACGAUCGAUCCGGUGAGCUUCCGUCCCAUUUGUCGUGCUGACUUCCUUGCGGCUGACAGAACAAGACACCAUUCGGGUGCGUCCACUCAACACCAACCCCCGUUAUCUCCCUAUCCGCCUCAAACGUCCAAUGAACCAAACCCGUUGCGGCGACCACGUGAGACGAUAACUGAAGUUGCGACACCUUCCUUCUCUCAUGCUUCUGAAUCGACGGAUGUUCAGGGGAAAUCCGACAGGCUUCAAACAAGUACCCAUGUUGGAGGCACCAGCAAACGCAUGCGGACUUCACUGACAGACGACCAGAGACUCCACAUGCAACGGGUUUACGAAUCGAACCCGCGACCGUCAAAAGAGGCACGUGAAAAACUGGCCAACGAAUUGGGCGUCCCACUGCGGGUUGUGCAGGUAUGGUUCCAAAACCAGCGUGCUCGGGACAGACGAGCUUCAGUACAGAACUGGUCCAAUGAUAUGACCGCCGAAUCUGAUUGGAGACACGCUUCUCUGUCACAAACAAGCCCUGGUCGAUCUCCGCAGCAUUGUUCCGUGGAACCUGUUUUAUCCACAGCACAGUUCAAAUUCGAAUGUAGCGAUCGACCGCCCGAUUAA